UUGUAUUUCUGAACAGACUAUAUACUUUAAAAUAUUAAGAUGGAUUUUGAUUUCGGCAUCGGAAAAAAAAGUCAAGCAAAAACUGGGCGUAGAGCGAAGUCGACUAAAUCUAAUGCAUCACUGAACACAAAUGAAAAAGAAAGUGUAGUUCCGAAAGAAACCGCUCCAAAAUCUCAACUCAAAGAAAUUGGGGCAGAUUCUCCUCCCCGGCCGUCAAGACGAAUGGCGGGCUGGGGGGAUGCCGAUAAUAAACGUGACCGCAACAAGGGGGUAGAGGAUUCUAGAUUGUUAGUAACAGGGGAUUCCCCUAGAACACGAAUUCACUCCUCAGACGAAGAAGGCGAUGAUCUCCAAGUAAUACCUGAUUUGGACGAUGUUCAGAAUGAAGAUAUCGCACAACAAAUGGCUGCCCCACCUUCAGUUGCGAUGAAUCAAGUCGCUACGUAUCGUGAACUUGACAGUGACCUUCAACGACAUUCGACCUUCACACUUCUAGACAAUGAAAUCGAUCUCAAACUUCUUGCGAAACACAUGACAACUGGCAUCGACGAACCAGACGAGACAUGGGAUUGGGAUAUAUUAUUCGCACAAAUAUCAGGAGCCUUAAGGCAGAAAAAUAAUUCCUCAACAACGGCGACUAAUGAUAAACUGAUUUAAUGCUUAGUCAUGGUUGGUGAUUUGUUUGCUGAGUUACUUUGAAACGUGCUUAGUCAUCUUCAGUAAUAAAAAUAGUGUUGAAUGUAUUUUUACUUAAAGAGCAGUGGUUUUCAAUCCAUAUCUCUCUCACUUAUUUUGCAAAUUAUAUUAAAGUGGACUUCACUUCACAUUUUUUUUUCUCUUUGUUAAAUGCCUAUAAUGGCACACUUUUUAUUGAUUAAACGGGUUAAAAAUUACGGGUUCCUGAUUUCUUGACCUUCAUGUGUGGAAACUCUGAUUCCGAAGCAUAUAAAACACUUUAUAAAGAUACGUCAAAUAUUUUUUAAGGAAUUCCACUCUCAGUUAUAUUUACGGAAUAGAAUUGUAUCAGUUCCCCACGAGCCUUGGCCUAUGACGUUGGGGUUUGAGAAAUUUCAUUUUUUUUCGCUUUGGGAGUUUUUAAUUCGUUGUGUAAAUGGAAACACUGAAUUUUUGUUGAGCCCAGAUUAGAACUUAGAUCUGAAGCCCGGGUCGGGCCUGUCAAUCAUUACGUUCGGGUCGGGCUUCUCUACCGCUGGCUUUUUUUUAAAUGAGGAGUUUUGGCCACGAGAGAUCGUGGUCUGUAAAAAACCUCAUCAACACGACACAUACUGUUCUAAAUGAACUCUUGCAAUGACAAUUCAAAGAACUCCUAAAAAUGAAUUUUUUGGCUCGGGGCUGCAAAUUUAGUCACCGUAAUUAGUCGGGGUCGGGUGGGUUUAAUACCCACGGGCCUGGGUCUGGUCAGGCUGGAAUUUUGGGACCCGAUCUUACCUCUAGUCCAGCUAGAUGUCUGAAAUUAGUUAUAUUGCCCGCCAAAAAAAUUUUGCACAAUUUUUUUCCGGUCUAUAUAAACUGGUGAAAGAACGAGAAGCCAUGGAAAAGGAUGGCUCAUCAACUUUCCUCCCCCACAGUAUUAAAAUGAAAAUCCUAUCCUCACCUCCAAUCUAAACAGAAAAUAUCAGUGGUUCCCGACCUUUUAUGGCUUGUGGCCCUUUUUCGAAAGCUUUUAGAACUUAUGGCUCCUGCUUAUCAUCCCAGUGGUAUUUAUAGUGUUAUUAUGAUUGGUAGAUUCCAAAUCCCAUUGUGUUCAAGCAAUUCAAACACAAAAAGCGAAAAAAAACCUGUGAAAUAAAAUAACCUUUUCAAGCAAUGAAACUGGGAGUUUUCUUGUAAAGUGAAAAGCAAAAUCAGUUUUGCGCCCAACAUCAUGGCCCCCCUCCGACUGCUCCGUGGCCCCCUUGGGGACCGAGGGCCCACUGUUGGGAACCGCUGGUCUAUAUUAUCAUUUAUAUAUUAUUUAAACAUAGGUAAAUACUUAUUUUUGCCACAAUUCUUAAACUUGUUGCUCCUAAAGAUUAUUUGUUUUGCCAGUAUUAGGUUUGCAUUAUAUAAAUUCAUAGUUUAUACAAUUCAGACAAUAAAAGACAAUUGAACUAUUGCACAAGGGUUCCUGGGCCCUCUGGAAUGUUUCAUUGGGGUUCUGCUACAAGAAUAAUGUUGAAAACCCCUGUUCUAAAGGGUUCUGUAGCAAUAAUGUAAUAGUCAGCCAAGGAAAAGAAAUAAAACGGGUUCCUCCAGCCUCCGGAAUGUUUCAUUGGGUUCUGCUCUUACCAAAAAGGAUGACAACCACUGUUCUAACGGCGAUCCGGAAGAAUGUGUACCAAGAUGAUGCACAACCUGAAAACCCUAACCUGGUACACAUACUAUGUUGAGGUUGUGCGCCAACUUAGUGCACAUACUUCGGGAUCUCGUUCCAACUUCUAAUUAAGCCCUGAAAGUUUUUCUUUUUGUAGCCAUAUCUAUAAAUUCUUAUAUGUUACACUUAUACUGUCUUAGCUGCUUACAUAAUGUACCUAGUAAAUUAGAUAUUUGUCACGACUAUGUUUUAUGUUUAAAUGAAUUUUUUUUUUUUAGAGGGGGUGGGGGAGAGAUGUGUUAACUUAUUCUUGUAGCACCUUGCUCGUUUGCUAUUUCAGGUCUUGGAAAAGUCUGCCAUUUCACCAUUUUAUUCUGUUUUCUAACCAGAGAGGAGAUCUCCCACAGUGAUUGCGACUAGCGUAAUAUUCUACCUAAAGAUCAAUUAAUGAUUAAAUAAAUAAAGCAACUUUUAUGCUUAGUUAGGGAGGAAUGAAGUGUUAAAAAAUUGACGAAGGGAAGACUAUAACAAAAAGGUUGGGGGCCACUGAUUUUAUUAACCACUGAUUUAAUUUUCUCAAUAGUAACAUAGACGUUCAUGCAACACUGAGGGGCGCUCCCAUAGUAUGUGCACCAAGAUGUCGUACAACCUGAACCCUAACCUGUACACAUACUGUGUUCAGGUUGUGCGUCAUCUUGGUGCACAUACGUCUGGAGCUCCCACUGAGGACUACAUUCUACCUGGCAAGCAUGUCUCCAGCAACAAUCGCAAAAUGCCAAUGUCGAGCACAAGCUAUUUUUCGAGUUUCAAUUUUCCUCUCCAUUUAUCGGUGCUACCAAAGUAUGUGAACCAAGAUGGUGGACACCGGAACGUAGUAUGUGUACCCGGUUAGAGUUAGGCCAGCAUUUUAUUCCAAUUUUUCUAAUUUUAGUUCUAUUACGAGUUCAGGGACUAGCCAAGUCACUCCUGUAGUAUUUGUACCUGAAAUUAUGGUCUAAGCUGGUACACAUACUACAUUCUGGUGUCUGCCAUCUUGGUUCACAUACUUCGGGGGUAUCCAUUUAUCAUAUAAUUUGUGAUAGAAGUUUUAUAUUUACCAUGGAUAAAGGAAAACUGAUAGGAUGGUUCAAUCUUGUGACGAACCGAGCUUUCUCUCGUUAGAUAUCAGUUAUGUUGGCUGUGGGAAUAGUUAAUCAGUUUCGGGUUUUAUAAACUUAUUCAAAUGUUUUUUUUUUAAUUGUUUGCAUGAGCUGAACAACUUUAAUUAUUGCACAUUCAUAUGGAAAUAGAUCACUGUUAUAUUUUCACAAAAUAAAACUUGCAAUAGAAAGAUA